UGCUAUACCAACUAGAUAAUCUUGCUGGAAUAAAGAAAACGUUAUCUAGUUGAUAUAAUAAAUAAAAUAGAUGAUUAUGAUUAAACUUUCAUGUUUCUUUUAAGGGACGUUCUUCAUUUGCAACUACUUCAUCAUCCUAUGGUAAUUCUAGACGUAGCAGUGAAGAUUCCAUUGAAGCUAUAGAAUCCAAAGAUCUUAAGCAUCAGCUAUCGGAUGCAGAAGAAAAGUUUCGAAAGGCUAUGAUUAGUAAUGCACAGUUGGAUAAUGAAAAAACUGCUUUAACUUACCAUGUAGAUAAACUUCAUGAUGAGAUAGAAGAAAUGGAAGAACAAUUUCAUCAAGUUCAGAGAGAAUAUAAGUCUACAUCAAGAGAGUAUGAUCGUUUAUCAAGAGACUACAAAAAAAUGCAAGAAGAAAAUAAUAUUUUAAAGGAAAUCUUAAAACAGAGAGACCAAUUAAUAGAAGAAAAUGGUCUUGUUCUCAUUAAUGGUGAGGGAUUAGUUAAUGGUGAUAUCGAAGAUAGUCCUCGCAGUACACCGGAAAAGUCAUUACCUAAUUUACCAAAAGUUGCUCUUGUAUCUCAGGCUACUGCUCAAUUAUUAGAAAAGGCUGGUGAUGGUCCUUUGAAUGUUAGAUUAAAGAAAUUUGCAGAAGAAAAACAAGAAUUGCUAGAUGAGAUCUAUAGGAUACGUCUUGAUUUGGAAGAAGAAAGACAAAAAUUGUCAAAAAUGGAACAAAUAACUUCCAGCAAUGGAUCUCAAUCAAAUGGUCCUGAAAUUAAACUUUUAGAAGUUCAAAGAGAAGCCAAUAAACAAAUCAAUGAUUAUAAAUACAAGUUAAAGAAAAUGGAGCAAGAAAUUUCUUCUUUACAAAGUAAUAUUGCCAGAUUAGAAAGUCAAGUCACAAGGUACAAAAUGGCCACAGAAAAGGCAGAGAAAACAGAAGACGAAUUAAAGGCAGAGAAAAGAAAAGUUCAAAGAGAGUUUCGAGAGGCUCAGGCAAGAAUCGAAGAACUCGAAACAGCCAACAAACAUCUACAAAAGCGAAUUGACAAAUUAAAGUCAACAAGGAAUGCCCUGAUCAAAAGUUAAGCUCUUUGACAUUCAAAAGUCUUAAGGGAACGAAUGUGAUUGACAUAUUAUACAUGUUUGUAAUCAUAUUUUGAGUGCCUCACAAUUGUAUAGCAUCGGGUGCUAAAACGUUCCAGGUGGUUUAAAAAAUUGAGCUUCGGCCUUGUUUAAGAGAUAAUGUACGUGGCGGAUCGAGUUCCGUCCGGGAACGACGUAACCGCACGUCGUAUACAAUGUUGUAAUGGUUAUUAAAUUUAUUCCACUAGUUGACAAACAAGGUCGAUCGUUUUGGCUCGACUCAUAAUUGUUUUAAACUCGAUCCAAAAUGUAUUUUACUUGUAACAAGUUGUAUUUGUUUCUUCAUUUGUUUCGUAGUUAACUACUUCCAAAGUGCCAUUUUUUUUUUUUUUUUUUUUGUUAUCCACACAGGGAAAUUGUCAAAAUUUGUUCAUCUGUAUACAUCAUAUUUUUUUAAUUCUUUCAAAAAUCAUCACUAGGAUUGUUAAAAUUUACUACCUUUUAUUAUUAUUAUUAUUUAUUUGUAAAUGCCAUUUUUUUCAUUCUGUUGUUUAAAGAAAGUGAUAUUUUAUAUCCUUAAAGUUUCACAUCGUGUUGUACGUUGUUGCUUUUUAAUUGUGGAAUUACGGGUCCUGUGAUUUCACGUCAUUCUAAUGUUAAUAAAGAAACAACCUUGAUUAUUGUCUUUACUGAAAUUUUGAAAAUUUAAUGUAUCGAUCUAAGAUACAGUUGAAAAUACUUAAUUUAUUUCCAUCUCGGUAUAUUUUAGAAAGGAUUUUUAAGAGUUUGCAAAGAAUUACUUCCUAGUAAAAUGUAUUUUGUGGAUCACUGCAAUUAAUACGCAUGUGUGUAACUGCUGAAACAAUAAAAUUUACUUGUUACUUA